CAUCUGGGUCUGUGGUGAAGAUGACAACCAUUGAUGCCACAACGGAGCAGCCAAAGAAAAUUAUGAAUUGUGGUGGCGCUAAGUUACAAAAUUCAUGCUUCAGAAGAUGGGGCAGGAAAUCUCCAUUUGUCAGAUACGGGCUUCCCAUGAUUUCAAUUACAGUGCUUGGAUCAGUUGGCCUUGGUCAUCUCUUGCAAGGCAGAUUAUUUCCUGAUAUU